AUGGCGACCUCAAAGAAACGCGCAUGUCGGCGCUGGCCGUUCGUGCCGCAAGACCGCUUCCCUUCUUUCCCUCGUAUAGCCCCCCGCAUCCGACAGCUUGUGCUGCAGCAGCAGCAGCAGUGGAGGCAGCAGCUGCUGCAUGCGCGUGAGCUGCGCAUUCAGACAACACAAGCCUUUAAUGCUUCUCAAAGCAGCAGCAGCAGCAACAGCAGCAGCAACAGCAGCAGCAACAGCAACACCGCUGCUGGCACGCCACAGCACCGCACAAGCAUUUCCCCAAAGGCUGCAUACGCACAGCAGCAGCAGCAAGAGACACAGCAAAACGAACAGCAGCAGCAAGAGCAGCAGCAGCAUGAUCCAGCGACCCGCGAGGCCACUGCAACCGAUGACGGUGCAGACUUUCACGUACCAGCAACAGCAACACAAACCGCACCAAAAGUAGCAGCAGCAGCUGCAGCAGGAAGAAGUGAACAAGCCGCUACUGCAGGAGAAGCUGCAGCAGAAGCAUCAUCUCCAGGAGAAGCAGCAGCAGCAUCAGCAGCAGAGGACAAGAGGGAGGCAGCAGACGGUCUCAGCGCCGCGGAUGACAGUGAACAUGCUGCCCCGUGCAGCACAGCAGCAGCAGCAAGUGCUGCUGCUGCAGCUUCCGCAGCAGCAGCAGCGGCAGGAUCAGCAGGCGGGGGGGGGUUCGUGCUGCACUCGGAGACAGAACGACUAGUAAGGAGUUGGUGGCUGCGGAGACAUCUAGCAGCAAAGCUGCAGCAGCGGCAGCUGCUGCUCUCGCUUCUUGGAGAGGUGCAGCAGCAACGAUACGGGCUUCUUGCUGCUGCUGCAGAAGAGCUCCGCCAGGCUGACAGGGAGGAGGAGCAGCAGGAGAUGCAAGCCUUCAUGCAGCAGCAGCAGCAGCAGCUGGAGCACCUGCAUCAUGAAAUGCUGGAGAAGCGCAAGCAGCAGAGGGAAGAAAGAGAGAAGCAGCAACAGCAGCAACAGGAGGCCUCCCAGCGACGGCAGAGAGAGAACAAACGCCGCAAACCAGGAGAGACGGACGAAGCAGCAGCAGCAGCAGCAGCAGGUGCUGCUGCUACAGCUCCACUAGCUCCGAGCUCCUCACCGCAAUCCCAGAGCAGCAGCACGCGCGCGGCUGCUUCCGGAGCAGCAGCAGCAGCAACACCAACGCCAGCAGCAAUAACAACUUUGGAUCGAAAGGCAGAAUCGUCGUCGCCUGUUCUGCCUCCCCUUGUUUCUGAGGACCAGCAGCAGCAGCAACAACAGCAGCAGCAGCAACAGCAGCAGCAGCACCAAGCUGCACCUAUCGAAGACACCGAGCAGUACUUGCUGUCUUGGAAUGGGGAAGCAUCGGGAGGCGAUGCGGCGAGCCUCGCAUUGCAGCAGCAGCAACAGCAACAGCAGCAGCAGCUGCUGCUGCAGCAGCAGCAGGAGCAGCUGGUGGGGCGAACGCACCUAACAACUCGAAGCAACAGCAGGAGGGGACUGCGGCAGCGCUCUAGGAAUAGCUUGAUUGGGGCUGCUUCAGCACCAGCAGCAGCUGGCGGGUUUGUUCAGGCUGAUGCAGCAGCAGCAGCAGCAGCAGCAGCAGCAACAGGCGCUGCUGCGUCCGAAACUUCUGAUGCAGCAGUCAACAGCAGCAGCACCAGCAACUCGGCCCUGCGCCCCACCACGCGUCUGACUCGUUCUGCCUCCCGCUUUGCUGCUCGUGUACCUAGGAGAGGUCUGCUUCCUGCUGCUGCUGUUGCAGCAAGUGCUUCUUUGGGGUUGUCUCCGCUGCUGCAGGGCUCUGCUGCAGCAGGUGCAGCAGCAGCAGCAACGACGCCCGGCGAUCAACCGAGACAGCAGCAGCAGCAGCAGAUCUUGCUGCCAGCAGGUCUCACGGCCUCGCACUUAGCAGCCUUCAACGCAAGUGCUGCCGCACUCAAGCAAAACGCAGGCUCUACUGCAGCAGCAGCAGCUGCCGCUGCAGCGGUAGCCGCAGCGGCAACUCAGCAGCAGCAGCAAGCAACGAAGGCAGCGCUGCAGCAACUGGGGCUGACGCCCAGUCAUAGAGGCGGCGGAACAGCAGCAGCAACACAGGCAGCAGACAACCCGCAGCUUCAAGGGCCUAUCUCAAUCGCUGCUGCUUCUGCCGCUGCAGCACCUGCUGCUGCUGCAGGAGGAGGGUCUCUACUGCUCUCUGGGGGGCAUACAGCACCGUGGAGUAGCGGGGGAUCAGGUGGCAGUAGCAGUGGCGGCAGCAGCAGCAGCAGCAGCAGCAACUCCGUGACACCGUCUGGAGCGGCAAGCACUGCAGCAGCUACAGCAGCAGCAGCAGCUGCUGCUGCUGCUGCUGCUCGUAGCCCAUUGAUGCAGACAAAGCAGCUGCUUCUUGGGCUUCCUCUCUGGGGCCGUACUGGCGUUGCAGCAGCAACGGGGGGUGUACAUGCAGCUGCUGGUGGUAGUAGCAGCAGCACCAGCAGCUCGUCGUCGACCUCGGAAGGCAGCCGACCGGAGCAGCAGCUGCAGCAAGCAUCAGCAGUAGGGAUACUUGCGGCAGCAGCAGCAACAGCAGCGGCUCAGUCCCCUGGCGGUGGCAGCGGCACCAACAACAGCAGCAACAGCGGCAGCAGCAGCAGCAACAACAACAGCUCCACAUCCCAGCAGCAACACGCCCCCUCGCCUUCAAGGCCACCCGGAUAUCCCCCAUUGCAGCAGCAGCUGCUGCAGCACCAGCUGCAGCAGCAGCUGAUCCAACAGCACCUCCAAAACCAACAGCAGCAAUCCAAGACUCAGGGGGUUAGUCAGCAGCUGCAGCAGCAGCAGCUCAUCUUGCAGCAGCGGCACCAACAAUUGCAGCAACAGGCAUCGCAGCAGCAACAGCUCAUGCUGCUGCAGCAGCGCGCUGCUUCUCUCCAGGCAGCGACAGUUCAAGGGCAGCAACAGCAACAGCAGCAACAGCAACAAACGCAGCAGCAGCAACAGCAGCAGCAGGGAAUCCAACAGCUCUUGGGUCAGCCGCCUCAGCAGCAGUACGCGCAGCAGCAACUGCAGCUGCUGCAGCAGAUGCAGCAGCAGCAACAGCAGCAGCAGCAACAGCCUGGAACACUCCCAGCAGGGAUCAGCGCCACAUCAGUGCAGCAGCUGCUGCAGGCUAGGCAGCAGCAACUGCUGCAGCAGUUCCAGCUGCACCAUUUGCAAGUCAAAGUGCAGCAGCACCAACAGCUGCAGCUGCAGCAGCUGCAGCAGCAGCAACAGCUCCAGCAACAGCAACAGCAGAUGCAGUCGCAGCAAACCCAACAACAGCCUCAGGAACAACAAACGCCGCAGCAACAGCAAGCGCAGCACAUCCAACAGCUGCAGCAGCUGCAACAGCUGCAGCAGCUGCAGAACAAACUUCAGCAGCAGCAGCAGCUGCAAGGCCGUCUGGGAGGAACUACGCAGUUUCCUCAACAGCUGCUGCAGCAGCGGCUCCUGCAGCAGCAAAUAAUGCAGCAGCAGGUACUACAGCAGAGACAGCAGCAAAUCCAGCAACAGCUGCAGCAACUCCAACAGCAGCAGGACGGGGUGCAGAUGGCCGCACGACUGGCAGCUCUUAGCAACGAGAGCAGCAGCAGCAGCAGCAACGCAGCGCUGCAGCAGCUGCAGCGGGCUGCAACAGCAGGACACCCUGUAGCAGCAGCUGCCGCUGCAGCGCUGCAGCAGCAGCUUGGCACGCUUUCUGCUGCACACUCGCCUGCUGGGAGUAUCCUCCGUCCUGCAGCAGCCCCAGCCGUGUCGCAGCUGCUUCCAGGAGCAGCAGCACCUGCGGCAGCAGGACCAACUUCAGCAUCAGCAGCGCCAGCAGCAGCAGCAGCGGCAGCAGCAGUGGGGGGCCUGCUGUGCUCCCCAGGAUCGACUCUCCUCCCACCUCCUCAGGGAUCGCCUCUUCUUGCAACUGCUGCGUCGGCUGCAGCAGCUGCGGCCGCUUUGUCCUUAGCCCUGCCGCCGUCUGCUGCUGCUGCUGCUGCCGCCGCCUCCGAGGCACUUGCAACCGGGGCUGCGUCAAAGGCAGCAGCACUCCCGGCUGCUGCCAUAAUGGCUGCUGCUGCUGCACCAGCUGCUACCGCUCCAGCUGCUGCUACACCAGCUGCUGCUGCACCAGCUGCCGCAGGGGGUGUUGCGGAGGACACAGCAGCCACAGCAGCAGCAAUAGCAACAGCAGCAGCAGUCGAGCCAUCCCAGCAGCAACGAGAAGCAUCUGCUGCUGCUGCCGGUGCGGCAGCUCCUCGGCAGGCGGCGGAGUUUCCAGGGGCCGAGGGGACAGCUGCUAUCGAGUCCCUUCAGCAGCAGCAGCAGCAGCAAGCGGUGGCACAAAGCCAAGAUCCCCACUUGACUGCUGGUGCACCAUGGGGGGCUCUGGGGGAGGCGUUGAAUCCCCAGUCAUCAGAAGCGCACGCAACAGAGGCUGCAGCUGGAGGCGCCGCUGCAGCAGCAGCAGCUGCUGCACCCCGCGAAGCAGAAGCAGUCGCUGCCUCAAAGGAGCAGCAGCAGGCCACUGCAGAAGCAGCAGCAGCUGCACCAGGGGUUUGUAAAAGUGGUAGUGACGGCUGCAAUGAGGUUGCGCUCCCUGAUGAGGCAGAGAAGCUGUAA